UUCUGCACGUAGCUCAAAUUGAAUAAUUCAUGCCCAUUGUUUUCUUUUAUUUCCAGUUUGUUUAUGAAUUUAUUACCAGUUUCUUAGACAGACAGCCCCUCCUUUUUUCUGAUUUUUGUUUCUUUUCCUAACCAUCCUCUGCCGUUUUUCUUAAGCUAGGUGCGAUAAAUAAAGGCUGAAAAUUUAUAAACAGCUGAGAACAAGCAUAAAAUGGAGCAUAAAGAUGACAACCCGUCACGCUCUUCAGGCAUUCGACGAACACGUUCCCAGGCAUCUGCACACUGGGUUGCACAGCAUCUGCUCAUUCUUGUCAAUGAGAUUGCUGCUAUUGAGACCGAUUGUUCAAAUGCUUUGUCUUCCUUUCAGAAAUGGAAAAUUAUAGUGGAAAAUUGCAAUGCUUUGGGUGUGCCACACUCUUCAAAUCAGUGCCGCAGGAAGUGGAACUUGUUGCUUCAGGACUACACCAAGAUCAAGCGUUGGGAGUCGCAGUCAGCACUAUUUGAUUCGUACUGGUCUUUGGGGUCAAAGGAGAAACGAAUCGAGCUUCCAGAAAAUUUUGACAAGAAUCUGUUUAAAGCCAUCAAUGAUGUUGUUAGAUUGCAGGAGGAGAAAUCAGGUACUGACGAGACAGGUGAUCCCGAAGCCAGGUAGGAUGAUAUGGUUGAAAUAACUGCAGAGCUAAUAUGCUUGCUUCUUUGUCUUCAGUCACCAUCAAUCCUCCUUGUGGAUUGUGUAAAGUUCAAUUUUUACACUGGUGAAGCUAGUAACAUGUGGCACUUUUAUUAUUUGGUCUUAUCAGGGCCCAGGAAGCAAAGGAGAAAGUUAAUUCCUUUGAGAAGCCCUGCUGAAGCAAAGUCCCAAAAACGUUGUGCAGUCGAAAAGCCAAAGAAAAUUAAUGUGGUGGAACAACCACAGGAAAGCUGUGCUGAGGAAAAGCUUCAGAGAAGUGAAGCAGAAGAAGGAACUUGGAGAAUCGAGGCAGGAGAAAAUCGUGAAAAGAGCUACAUGGACAUAAAACAUAUGUUUAGCGUAGAAGAAGAGGAGCAGGUUAUGGUGGCAAGACUUUGUGCCAAGGCAGAGCAGAUCCAUGCCGUAAUUGAGGAAAAUUUUACAGAGAAUGCUGACCAUUCAGCUGCUGAUGUGAAGAAUGUUGAGGACUUCCAAACAGAUUUUAUAAGACGUCAAGGGGACAAGCUUGUUGCAUGCCUGGGAGACAUUUUAAGCACUCUCAAUCAGUUUUCAGAACUCGUCCAGGAAUGUGAAUGAUUGGCCCCAAAGAGAUAUAUUUGUAAACUUCCUUUCUAUUGAGGGUGCAAUUUAAAGCAUGUGGUUUAUUAUUGACUGCCAA